AUGGGGUGCACUUAACAAAAAUUAUCAUCUCCAGCAAGGAACAGAAACACUGAAAGCCUUACAAAUGAUCAACCUGAUGUCAUAUCAACUAACAAUGUUAUUUUAAUUCAACUAUAGAACUAAAAAUUAAUUGAAUAAAAGAUUAAAUAAGGUAAGCCUAUUAAUUUUUUUCUCUAAAGAGUUGUUCUUUAAAAAGACAUAUGUAAAAAUCUGAAAUUAUAAUAAUAGUGAAUAGUACUAUUAUGAUCAGAAGGUAAAGAAAUCAAGAAAACUUAUUUUCCGAAAAAGAGUAUGUGACAAGCUCUAAUGGCUGCAAUUGA